AUGAUACGUGUUGCAAGACUAGCGAGAACCAAGUUACAUUAUUUUAAUUUACCAUUGCGCUCUAUUACUACCACCACUACUGCAGCAGCUAAGACAACCAUGUUGGCCAAUCAACAACGACAACAACAACAACAACAACAACAACAACAACAACAAGAUCAAGAUCAAGUUGAAUCAAAAUACACCACCCCACCACUGCCAAAUACAAUGACAACGACAACGGCGAAUUCACUGCCAGGAUCUAAACUUGCGUCGAUGCAAUCAUUUCUAUCAGCUAAUCCACCUUUGCCCAAACGACCAUUAGUGUGGAUUGAUUGUGAAAUGACGGGGCUCGAUGUAUUAGGUGACGAUGUAAUUAUUGAAAUAUGUUGUAUUAUAACUGAUGAAGACUUGAAUAUAGUCGGAGGAGGAGGAAGAGGUGGUGGUGAAAAUUAUGAAUUUGAAACUACUGUUUACUGUCCCAAGCUGAAGUUGGAUGUCAUGGAUGAAUGGUGUACCACGACCCAUACUAAAUCCGGUUUGAUUGAUAAAGUAUUGAGCAACCCUCAAGCAACAACAACCAAAGUUGAACAAGAUUUAUUAAACUAUAUCAAACGAUAUGUGACUAAACCUCGUAUUGGUGUACUUGCUGGAAACUCAAUACACAUGGAUAAGUUUUUCAUGAUGAAGCAAUUCCCGCAAGUGAUUGAUUAUUUACAUUAUCGUGUCGUUGAUGUGUCGACAAUAAUGGAGUUUGGCCAACGACAUGCACCACAAUUGAUGCAAUUUUGUCCAGUUAAAAAGGGAGCUCAUACGGCUAAAGCAGACAUUUUGGAAAGUAUUGAGCAAUUGAAGUGGUAUAGGCAGAAUUAUUUUAAACUGGAAGAGCAAAUUAGUGAUACAAUAACGGAGUUACAGAAACAGAAGGCAGAUGCUAGGAAAGAGGAGUAG